CAGCAGCAGCACCAGCAGCAGUGGAGGAGCCGUGCCGCACCCUUUCUACCCGUGCUGGGAUUACUGCGCGCAGGUAACAACCGCCCUAAAGUACCGGAAAAGCGCAGAAAGUACAAAUACAGGUGACGGACACUUUUACCCAAAGUUUGGCUGUUUUGGAAGGGAGAGAAAUGCCUGGAAUGGAGCUGUGGUAGAAGCAGAAGAGACUCCGAAAAUUGUUUUUAAAUUAGUCGAUUUUUUUAAAACUCGGAGAUAAAAGUCCUCGUGGAGGUGGCUACAGGUACGGCACUACUUUGUUCCUUUACUCGACGAGGAUCUGGAUUUACUUGACGAACGAGUUCAUAUUCACACGGAAAGAUUGAAGACCACUGACUCCAGCCACCCUGUUCAGACCUCAGACUUUAAACUGGAUCCCUCCAGUCCUCACCUGUCCAGCUGAUGGCAUGCCGAUCUCCAGCCUAUCAGAGAGGGCGAGUCUGAAUGCCGCCCUGAACCUUCCUCCCUGCUUCCUCUCUGUGACACAGCUCUCUUUCGCAUCCUCCCUUCCUCUUCUCUGAUCAGCAGCCAGCCGACACCUCACCAUGGAUACACUGACCGAGGACACGGCGGGAUGCUACUUCAACAGGAGCGUCAAGUUUUUCUACGAGAAGAGUGGGAAGAACAUCAGUAACUUCUGGAGAACACGUGACUAUGUCAUCGUCACUUUGGGAAUGUCGGUGUGCUUCGUUGUCAUCUUCUCCAACCUUUUGGUGAUAGGAGCCAUUCUAAAAAACAGACGCUUUCACUUCCCCAUCUACUACCUGCUGGGUAACCUGGCUCUGGCAGACCUCUUCUCAGGUGUCUCCUACCUGCACUUGAUGUUUCAUACUGGUCCCUGGACCAUUAAGCUGUCCAAGCACCAGUGGUUUGUGCGCCAGGGGCUGAUCGACACCAGCCUGACAGCGUCGGUGUUAAACUUACUAGCUGUAGCCGUGGAGCGACAUCAAACCAUCUUCAACAUGCAGCUGCACAGUAAGAUGAGCACGCGGCGCGUCUUCAUCCUAAUGCUCUUCAUCUGGCUGGUAGCGAUCAUCAUGGGCCUCGUCCCCACCAUGGGCUGGCACUGCCUGUGCGACCUGGAGAACUGCUCCACGAUGGCGCCAUUGUACAGCCGCAGCUACCUGGUGUUCUGGGCUGUCCUCAACCUCAUCACCUUCUCCAUUAUGGUGGCCGUCUACACCCGGAUCUUCAUCUACGUGAGGCACAAGAGCAAGCAGAUGUCGCAGCACACCACCCAGAUGAGGCACAGAGAGACGGUGUUCAACCUGAUGAAGACGGUCUCCAUGAUCCUGGGCUGCUUUGUGCUCUGCUGGACGCCUGGCCUGGUGGUGCUGCUUCUCGACGGUCUCGGCUGCGACAAGUGCAAGGUGCUGCGCUAUGAGAAGUACUGCCUGGUGCUGGCUGAGUGCAACUCCUUUGUCAACCCCAUCAUCUACUCGUUCAGGGACAAUGACAUGAGGAUGACCUUCAAGGAGAUCUUGUGCUGCCGGGGCAGUCGGGGCAGAAGCAGAAAUGGCAGCUCCGGAGUUCACUUUAACACCAUGGAUAACGAGAAGUAUAAGUCUCGUGCCGCCGAGUUGACGGAGAGGAGCAACGGGACGCUUCUCAUCCGCCAGGGCUUGGAGGAGACGCCCAUCCCCUCAGAAAAGUGGAAUUAACACAAACAACCAUAAACUUUCAGCACAAGGGAGACGGACUGCAGACGGACACUUGACACUGAAAUCCUCCCAGCUGGGUAUGAACACAUAAACACAGCGUGAGCCCUUAGUGGGGAGUAAGGCAGGGUCAGAGACUGUUUAUCCUAUAGGUGACGUGUAGAUUUACCUCUCUUGAAGCACACAAUGGUCAUCCUGUUUGUUUCUUCGUCACGGGAUGAGAGGAACCUCUUGUAAUCGACUUAACGUGACCUCAGUAUAAAACUUAAUUGUGGUAGCAGAAGAGGCUCAUUUGCACUCAUUAAUUGACUUUCAGGUGAAGAGAGAAGACAAACCGUCCAUUAUUGGUCCAUUUAAAACAAACAUGAGGAGACGAUAGAGUGCUCAUAUCCUGUGGAGACGUAAAUGAAGCACCAUUUUUCCUGCUCGCCAAGGAGGAAGGACACAAAACAAACUGGCAGUACAUGGAAGAACUGACAGUAAUAAGUUAUUAAAGGUUCUGUAACACAAUGGUUGAGCUUAUGCCCGGCAGUAAUGAAGGUAAUAAUGUUUACCAGAGGUGUUUGAUCCACUGUGUGAUUGUUUGAAGCUGCAGGUCUGAUGGUGAAAUAUUCUGCAGUUCUGUCAUUCACUCAUACAUGCAGGGUGAACAAAAUAGUAGAAAUACAUGAAUGCAAUCCAGUUAAAACUUAGGAGAGGCUCAAGAGUACAUGAUAAAUUAAGUCUGUAUGUCUAAGUAUAGGUAAGUGUGAGUGCAGAGCCACAUUAUUCAUGAUAUAAACAAGCUGACAUCAUAGGCCACUAAAAAUUCAUCCAGUCUAGAUAUUCACAAGCAAUCCAAGUUCAACUUAAAGGGGACAUAUGCAAAAAUCACUUUUUCAGGCUUUUCUAACAAAAAAUGUGCGCCUGGCCUGUCCACAAUCCCCUCAAGUACCAGAAAUUCCCUCCCCCGCUCUCUUUCUCCACCUUUCAGAAAAUGUGUGCUAAAACAAGGUGUUCUCAGAUUUUCCCCUCAUGAUGUCAUGUUGGGAGUUAGCCCCACCCCCAGGUUCGAUUGGCCUUCCUCAUUUGGAGAAGGUUCCUCCCUCUCCUGAUCAGGAGAGCUACAUCCAUUUCCUGAGAGGGGUGUGGUCAGGGGCAGAGUCAGACAGCUUAGUAACAUUUAAAGACACAGACGCAGAAACGGCUCGUUAUG